AGUCACAACCUGGUGAGGGGUUAAACACAAAUGCCUAAAUAAAUAUUUGAGUCUUCUGUGCAGCUGCCGCAUUAGUUACAGAUCAGCCCAUAAGUUUGGCACAUGGCGGCUCAGGGUUUGCCGAGGUGGGAGAGCGCAGCGCGGAGAGUUUUGUGUCUCCUCGGUUUGCUUUUGUCUGUUUAUGCUCUUCAUGUUGAACUCACCAAAGAAAGAGACCCAGCUUACAGAGCGAUGUGUGAUCUGGGAGAAUCGGUGAGCUGCUCCAAGGUUUUUACUUCCAGAUGGGGACGUGGUUUUGGUUUGGUCCAGUACUUCGUGGCCCAAGAUAGUCCCCUGAACCAACCCAACAGUUUGCUCGGYAUCAUAUUUUACACUCUGCAGUUGGCCCUCGGACUGACUCUGUCUAAAAAAGCAGCCCUGGCCUUGGUCCUGUCCUCCUGGGUGUCCAUCGCUGGUUCGCUUUACCUGGCAUCUAUCCUUGUGUUUGUUCUGGAGGAUUUCUGCUUGGUGUGUGUGUCAACGUACGUUGUCAACUUUGCACUGCUCUACACCAACCUGAAAAGAAGGAAAGCGCUCGAAGGAAUGAAGGAAAAAACUGGAUGAAUGAUGUGAUUUACCUGGAUCAGUCUGGAUCAACAAAGCUAUGUUGUUAGAAUAUUCAAAAUCRCCUCGGAUCAAUCAGACGAUCUCAAGCCAAAAACUGUUUUGUAUGUUGUUCAUUCGUGACACGUAUGACACACAACUCUUUUGUCUGGCAUUUUGUCAGACAUCAUCAAAGUGAAGGAGAAAAAAAAAACUUUUUAAUAUUGUGCAAUUACUGAGUCCUGCCAGCAGAUGGAGCCAAAUACUCAGUUUUAAUUCACUUCUGAAUAAACGUCUCUCAGGAUGUUAAAGGAUUAUUUUCACUGCAAAACAUGAAUCAUAGUUACUUACAAGAAUUUACAAUGUUAAGAAAACAAAUUAACUUUUAAUCACAAUAAGAACUCAAAUGACUGAAUGAAGAAGAACAACGUUUUUUUUUUUUAAAUCAUUCGUCAGAAAUGUUACCAGCAUUUACUGCACUGGGAUAUUUGUCUUUGAGUAUGUUGAACRUUUUGUAAUACUGUAUAUUAACCUGUUUGUUUUAUCCUGACAACAGACAGACUAGAUUUUCAUUAAAAAUGCUUAGUAAUAUUAGUUUAUUUUUGAAUGACAGAAAAAGAAGUAAUCUUGUGCUUCUGCUGCAUUAAUUAAAAUCAAACCCACAGGUUCAGUUUCAUGUUUGAGCUACAAUKUAUCAUAAAAACCUAAAUGUAACACAUUGUUUUAAUCAGCUUAAAAUAUACUGUGUGAAAUAAAAACAGAGACAUGC